GGUUAUUGAUUGUUUACGGGUGAGCAAACGCUAAUAGAAGCAGCUGAUAUUUUUGAUGCGGUGUGGUUUAAAUGGCCUCUCAGAUACCUAUAACCGUACGGACACAACCUCCCGCCGCCGGCAGCCCUGCKGGUCUCCGGGUGAAGAAACGUCCGGGGAGUCCGGCGGCUUCAAGCGCUCCGCUGGCCGCCGGAAGCAGCAGCAGCGGCGGCAGCAAGAAGAAGAAAGGCCCGCUGGCAGCGGCACCAGCAGCUACAGCACAGAUGGCAGCAGUGGAAACCGUAGCGGAGAUGAAGGUCGUUGGUUCAGCAGAUGUCGGCCCAACAUCCUUAGAGUCCACAGCGAAGCCUCCACCUUUUAAAGACCGCGUGUUUAUGCACUCGGGGAUCGGCGGAGCAGCAGCAGGCAAGAAGAACCGGACCUGGAAGAAUCUCAAACAGAUCCUGGCUUUGGAGCGGACUUUACCCUGGAAGCUAAAUGAUCCGAACUACUACAACAUUGAUGCUCCUCCUUCCUUAAAGCCUGCAAAGAAAUACUCGGACAUCUCUGGACUUCCUGCAAACUACACCGAUCCACAAACCAAGCUGCGGUUCGCCUCCUCCGAGGAGUUCUCCUACAUCCGUCUCCUCCCCACAGAUGUUGUCACAGGCUACCUGACCCUCCGGAAGGCCACCUGCAUCGUACCGUGACGGCCGAGMACCUGCUGAAGAGUGGAAGAGUAGCUCACUGCUUCAAACAGCAGAAGAGGGACGGGUGCAGCUGUGUUAGCUGCUGUGUUAUGAAGAAGAGACUCUGAGCCUGAACUUUUUAUGAAAAGGUAGAUAAAAAAUCUGGAAAUAAAUGUUUUUCUUUACUUUA